UCAUCCAUGCAAGAAGUCACGCUACAGUUUCUUUGAUCCGGAUUGUUUCCUCCAGCCAUGAUUCGGGUUUCUGCACCGAUGUUUGUGCUGCUGCUGUUUGUACUGCAGGCUGUCGCUGUGCUGAUGGCCAACUCUGAAGACAGGUCACUUAAAAAGCGAAGAAUGUGCAUUUUCCCUCAGAUCCUGAUGGAAAAUAGAGAUUAUACUAAUUUAGACUACAUUGACAAAGUUUACUCAGAUUAUGAAAAUGUUACAUACUCCCUGACAGGUGUUGGGGCAGACAAGUACCCCUUCAAUGUAUUUGUGAGCGACCCUCAUACUGGAGACAUCCGUUUGACCCAAGUUCUCGACAGGGAAUUCAUCCCCUAUUAUUAUCUAACGCUUGUAAUUAAGUUCGCUAAUGGCACGAUUGCAGAAGAAAGGGAUUGGUACCGUUACCAGAUUGCAGAUGAGAAUGACAAUGCUCCAGUGUUUGGGCAAAUAAAGCCUGGUGAAGUUGAUGAGUUCAGUCCCGAAGGUAGUUUUGUGAUGAAAGUAACAGCAACUGAUGCUGAUGAACCAUGGUCUUUACGUUCUGUGAUUUCCUACACCAUCAUAAAUCAGAAUCCACCUGACGAUAUGUUUUACAUUAACAGAGAUGAUGGUUCCAUCUUUGUUAAAAAGCCUCUUCUGGAGAGAGAGAAAUGUGGUCAGUACAUUCUGACUGUAAGAGGCCAAGACCUAAAAGGUUUACCAGAAGGAAACACUGGAACAGGCAAUGUUACUAUAAACAUCCGUGAUGUGAACAACAACCUUCCCACUCUUGAAAAAGAGCAGUAUGAAGGAAGCAUUGAGGAGAACAUACAAGGUGUGGAGGUGAUGAGGAUCCAAGCAGAGGACCUAGAUCUGAAGGCCACAGACAACUGGAAAGCUGUCUUUAAUAUUGUCAGAGGCAAUGAAGGCGGGUAUUUCAGCAUUAAAACAGACCCCAACACCAACAAGGGCAUCUUAAUGCUUGAUAAGCCUGUGGAUUAUGAGAAUGUGAAGAACUUUGUAUUGGGGUUAACUGUAAGGAACAAGGCCCCACCUUUUUCUGGAGGAUCAUCUUGGCAAUGGGGGGGAGAAUAUAAAAUCUAUCCCAUCAAAAUCAAUGUAAAGAACCAGCUUGAGGGGCCACAUUUUGAUCCCAAAGUCAAAGCUAUAGCCAUCUCCAAGAAAGACACCUCCUUCAACAUUACAGAUGUUGUUGCUAGCAAUCCUGCAAUAGAUCAAGAUACUGGAGAACUGGCUGAGAAUGUCAGGUAUGCCAAAGGCUCAGACCCAGAUAACUGGUUGACUAUUGACCCAGAGACAGCUGAGAUCAAACUCAACAGGAUACCUGACAGGGAGUCUCCAUACCUGGUCAAUGGGACAUAUUUUGCCAAAGUACUCUGCAUUACAAAAGAAACACCUGCUAAAACAGCUACUGGUACCAUAGCCAUCCAGUUGGAAAAUUUUAGUGACCACUGCCCUAUCGUGACCAGUGACAUCGAAACUAUGUGCACCACUGAGAAUUCUGUUAUUGUGAAUGCUAACAAUGAGGAUGCAUAUCCUAAUGGACCUCCUUUUAAGUUUGAGAUUAUCCCAGAAAAUACUAAAGGGAAAUGGCACAUGGAGAAUCUAAAUGAUACUGCGGCUAUCUUGCGGGCUCAAAACCUCAUGUGGCCGGGUAUCUAUGAGGUGGAACUGGUGAUUAAAGAUCAGCAGGGAAAGGCCUGCCCAGAACCACAGAGAGUCUGGGUUCGAGUAUGCACGUGUGAGGAUGGAGUUUUGUGUGGAAAAUGGGAUGGCAAUAAUCAGCCAGUCAAAAGAGUGCAAUUAGGACCUGCAAGUAUUGGGAUAAUGGUGGUGCUGCCACUGCUGUGUUUUUUUCUGUUUCUGAUCUUCUGCCACUAUAAAAAGGCACUGAGAGAUUUGUCCCCUGCAAAUAUGGUCAGGUUUAAAGAUCCUUCAGCAACAGCCCCAGAAUACACCACCCUUGCUGUGGCUACGGAAAGUCUGAAUUCUGGGACAGUAUUACACUCAGGUGAGUGGCAAAGGCUCAACUGAUGUCCAAUGGAAAGAAAUACGCGAAGGACAAUUUGUUAGUUAUUGUAUUGAGGACUCAGGUUACUCUGCUGACUCUUUGCCUUUUGGGGUCAGACCGUUACCUUUAGUUUCUCAAAGACCUCAGACCAAAGUUCAAGGUUCUUGCAGGGUUGUACAGAAGCAAAUAAAUAAAUAAAUAAAAUUACAAAUACAUUAAAUAAAUAAAUAAAUAACCCUUCUAAUAGCAAAUUAAUGGUGCAUUCUGUCAUGACCCCUUGUUUUGGUGUUUGAUUCCUGUUAUGAAUUCUUCCUUAAUAUUUUUAGCCUAGAUUCCUGUUCACAAAGUUUUCUGGUUUGCUGUUUUGGUUUGGUUGUAAAGUUUUGGUUUUUAUCCAUUGUGUUUUGGGAUCCUUGAUUUUAUGGUUUCAUUAUUCUUAUAGAUUAUGAGUCUUAGUUUUGGUAAUAUUCAGUUGCUUAUUAUUUUACUUGGUGAGUUCCAAUUAUAACUUUUAAUUUAGUGUCACCCUGAUUGUCCUGAUUCUUUCCACCUGUCUGGCUCCUUGUGUUUCCCUUUUCAGUACUGUAAACCUUUCAUAAUUUUGCACUUCUGUUACCUUAUUUACUUUUUGGAACUUAUUAUUGACAGUUGUGGUGGAUUUUUGUAUGAUAUGUAUAACUAUGUAACUAUAUACACUAUAUAUCUAUGUGCACUGAACAUAUAUAUUUUAACUUUCAUGUACAGUCUUAAGCACAAGACAUUGUACUUCACCAAGGUUUAUUAAGGUGGUACAGUUACAGGGCAGUUAAUGUAAGGGGAGAGUUCUCCUGAUUAAUUUACUCUCCCGUAACUAACCUUCCCUAAUACACCCUCAACGUCAUUCAUGCAUCACAACCAAAACAGUAACAUUGUAACAGAGAUCCUGAACACAUCAUGAUAAAAUAUCAUAUGAUAUAAUCACACACACACACAC